UAUAGAGUCUGUCGGUAGUACCGUAAAAAUUCUACAUACACGUCUCGUUGCUCGUAUUAUCCGCCUCAACUCACGGCAUAUUAGACGAAUUCAUGCGUAAACGCGGAUAAUAUUUAACAUUAUACCUGAUUCAGUUCACUUCGGACGGCCGUAGCAAAAGCCAAAAGUACACCAAGCGACGUAAUGACGUUAGGCAUUAACAUUGAGUCGCUGCUGGUCGUUCUGGUGGGACGAUCUCGGUGAAAAAUUCAACCGAAGAAGAAGUACAGCCAAAAAAGCGGGUUUAUUUAAAAAUAAAUGGUUAUGAGGCGACCGGUGUGCUGAUUUUCGGGCGAAAAUGCGCUGGACUUUGAUCUUGGCGGUGACGGUGGCGUGCUGGUGCGCUAAGGGCCAUUGCAAGAAGGUCGAAUCGAGGGCCUUGACCGUUGGAAGGGAGAAAAAGUCAGAAGAAAGGGCGAGGAUAAAGGAAAUUGGGCUGAGCGAUGUGUGGCCCUCGGAGAAAGAAGCGGAGCGAUGGUGGACGCAGCUGGAUGAUCAAGGUUCAGAUUUGGAUGAAGCCAGAGACAAAAAGAAAGGUGGUAUGAAGAAAAAACUCAAGAGGUACUUACUGCCUCUGCUGAUAGCCUACAAACUGAAGUUUUUCACUCUGAUUCCUGUGAUGAUCGGAGGAUUGGUGCUUCUUACUGGAGCAACGGGGUUAGCAGGAUUCUUCUUUGCUCUAUUUGCAGCAGUUAUGGGACUAAAAAGUGGUAGUCAUCAUUAAAAGUGGACAGUUUUAAUAAAACAAAUUAUGGUGAUCCGAUUAACAAUGAUGUAAAAAAGAGUUUUUAUCUCUUUGUUACCGAGUAUUAAAACUAGAUUAUAAUAUUAAAUUGUAUUUAUAAUUAUUUAUUUGAUGAUAUUGUACAUAAUAUUGCUAUUUCAUAUUUAUUUAAAAUAUUUAUUUUCUAUAAAUAGUAGUUAAGCCUUAAAUUAGUUUCCUUGGGAUAUUAGGUUCCGAAAACCCUGAAUUGUGUUUUAAUUUUGUUUAAAAAUCUUGAUUUAUUCUAUAAACAAACGUUUCGACAAACAUUAGAGCUUUCAUCAGUGUGAUAUAUCUACAACAACAUUGAUGAGGGCUGUAAUGUUGGCCAAAAAUGUGUUUGGCCUAAACAAAAUUCAGCGUUUUCGGAACCUAAUAUCCCAAGAACAUUAAUUUAAGAAUAUUUCAAUACAAGGUUCAAGAACGUGAAAUUUCCAAGAAAUAAAUAGUAGUUAAUUAGAUUGAUGAUUAAUAUCAUUUUUAUCAUAUUUUCUAAAAAUUAUUAUGAAAAUGAACUAUAUUUUAUGAGUCGCACUGUAAGAUAUGAAUAUUCUGAAAAUUAUUAUUUCAUAUUUUUGUAGAGUUUAG